AUGGCUGCUACUCGCGCCCGCUCCGGGCUUCUAGGGUCUUUCUUGUUGGCUGCUUGCCUGAUGUCGCUGCAGGCCUUCGUGUCGGCCCCCCGGGGGGCCGAGUCACCGUCUCUUCGUGGCCUGGUUACGGCCGCCGGCAUCGCCGCGGCACCGGGCGUGGCCUCUGCGGCCGAUGAGUACCUGAACUACAACAUGACAGGUGAGUUCACACCUUUCAUGGUCAUCGGCUACUUCGGCCUUACCACAUUCCUGACUGCCUUCGCAUUCGGCUCCUACCUUGUCCUGACCAAGCUGAUUCUCGGAAUAACUUGCCAAGCUUGCAUUGCAGUCUUGGGACAUGACCUCGACAUGAUGCUACGAGCACGACGCGUUCCUUUCACAAGCCUUUACUUGUGUCUUGUAGUAGCCCCAUUCAACACCGAGGAAGAUCAUCUGAAUGUGCUGUUCCGCAAGUCUUUGAACUUGGAAGACUUCUGGACUUUUUCCCAGCAGUUGAUGCCAGAAACCGAGUUCUGCGUCGCAGAAGUUGUGACAAAAGUGUGCACUUGCCAGGCCUUCGUGCCGGCUCCCCACGCCGAGUCCCCAUCUCUUCGUGGCCUGGCUUCGGCCGCCGGCAUCGCCGCCGCGCCGGGCGUGGCCUCCGCGGCUGACGAGUACUUGAACUACAACAUGACGGGUGAGUUCACUCCCUUCAUGGUCAUCGGAUACUUUGGCCUGACGACUUUCCUCACCGCCUUUGCCUUCGGCUCCUAUUUGGUCUUGACCAAGCUGAAGAUCAUCUGA